AUGCCACCAGCCUCUGGUCGCGGUGGUGGAGGCCGGGGGCAGGAAUUGCAGCAACUGGAACACCAGGAUCGGCUGCGGGACCUGAACGCUACCAGACAGCAGCAGCAACACCAGCAGCAGCAGCAGCAGUAUUACUACAACCCACACCCGCCGCACCCACCACACCCUCAGUUUUACUACCAGCAGCAGCAGCAGCACCAGCAGCAGCACCAACCCCAAGCUUUGAAUUCGCGGGUGCUAAAUAGGAGUAAUUAUAGCAGAGAAGCAGACGCAGACGCAGAAGCAGCAGCAGCUCUAGAACAAGAAGAACAAGGAGUGGAACAGGCACGGAAGGAAUUACUAGCUGCUGCUAAUACAACAACUAGUGCAAGACUACUGCCCCAACAGUCACCGCGCUUCCCACCACCGUCGCCUGCACGCGCUCGCGAACCACAACCGCAGAGACACACUCAACCGUUACUACAACCACCGCCACUGCUGCACGAUUAUAGAGAAGGAGGAGCUGGUAGGACUACGGGAACGGGGGAGUAUUAUAAUAACAAUAAUACUUCUACUCUUACCGCAAAUACGAAUACAGGAGGAGGUGGAGGUGGAGGCUUGAUCACAAUUACUACGCCUGCAAGAUCUACAUUCAACCACCGGCAGCCACAGCCAGGUACGCCCACCACCACAAGUGUUUCUGUUUCUCAGCACCAGAACCAACUUGAGAGGUUAGCGGUGGAGGCUUCCCACAUUGCCGGUGUGCUCUCAGGGACGUAUCCCUUGAAGAAUAGUAAUAAUAAUAACUCUCCCACUGCUGCUUCCACUGCCACAGAGCACUACAACCCUCACCAUAACCACCAGCACCAACCCCCCAGCACUCCCUCGACACUCACAUACCCCUCGGUUCCAAAAUCCCUUUCCAACAACAUCAAUACCAACGCCAAUACCAACACCAACACCAACAACGGCAGUGGUAAGCCACAACAGCAGCAACAGCAACACCUUUCGGUUCCAGAGGUCCUGCUGUCGACCGCCGCAACAUCCCCAAUGCCGCCCUCACAGUUCACGAACCGCCCCCCGCCGCGCACCUCCUCCAUCGACUCGGCCAUCUCAACAGUCUCCCGUCACUCCGCUGAUGGAAACAACACCAACGGCAGCAGCAGCAGCAGCGGCAGCUCAGCCCCUACACCCGCGGAUAUCCAGACGCUGAUUGAGACAGCAGGAUCAGCAGAGGCCCUGAUCGGCUAUAUGCUAAAGGAGAAGGCGUCGGCGGCGACGCAGAAUGCACAGCUGUGGAAGCUGGUGGAUAAGCAGCGGGCCAUGAUCCUAGGGCUCAACAAGGAUCUCGAGCAGGCGCUCAAGGACAAGGACCGGUAUCGCAAGAAGUUGAAGGAGCAGCUAGGAGUUGUCCCGCCAGUGCCGAGUUCGUCGGCGGCGAUCAUGGCGGCAAGGGCCACGGCGGCGGUGGAGAGCGCGGAGGAGCACGAGGACUUACCGGUGGAGAGCUUCUCGCUAGUUAGGUCCGAGUCGAUGCCGCUGCCGGAGCGAGGGAGGGUGUUCGGUGGCGGGCUCGAGAUUUCGUAUCCGGAGGCUAUGGAGACACUGGAGGAGGGGCCGUCGUCGCCGACUGCGGCUCGCAACGGAGCGUUCACACCAGAGAGUGUCAGGACACCGCUGGGCAGCCAACACUCCGACUCGACGAGCUUGAAGGAGGGGAGUGGUUUUGCGCCGCUGUCGCCGAGGCUUCAGGAGAUGUACGUGCCAAAGGAUGAGUCAGGAAACGCUGACAAUGCUCCAUUCCAGUACCCGGUGAGUUCUGCAAAGAUCGCGUCGAGGGCUCAUCAUUUGAUGAAGUUGGGUAUCUCGACAAACGUCGCGCCUGUAUCCGGACUUGGGAAAUCACCAAUUAGAAAAGCACCGCCAGCACCGCUGGCACUGACUUCACCUCUAAGUGAAACCAGGGCCCAGCUUCAUUCAGAGGAUGAGGAGGAGGACGAUGAGUACGAGGACGAUAAUGUGUCGAUCAGCGAGAUACCGGGGUAUCAGCAGCGGGCAGAGACAGAGGGAGAGGUUAUCGUAACGCAGGAACACAAUGAUGAGAGCGUGAGCAUUGAGAGGAUGCCUGCCUAUGAUAGACGCACCAGCUGGACGCACACACCUAUAGACAAGAAGGGCCCGCCAAGUCUAGCGCUUCUACCGAGUGUAAAUAUACCACAUGCCGCGCCGACCCCGCGCUUGCAGGACCGUCAGGCGAUGUCACUUGCGCCACCAAUGGUCCACAACGGAAAACCGUUUUCUCCAGGCCUCGCCGCCGACGGCUCGGGCAUCCGACAGCAGUUUGCGAGAGCCCCGUUGCCGAGUCCUGGGCUGCCAAGUUCCCCAAGACCAAUUGACAGGCCUAUGAACUCUCCCAAGCCCAAGCAGCGACCCCAGUCUCCCGGCUCUCCCAGGACCAGCCCGUUGUCCCCACGCCUUGCUGUUGCCCCGGUGCCGUUUCAGCCUAGUACGCCGCGCGGGCUUAUGCCACAAAGCUUGAAUGCGCCAUUGCGCUCGCCGCUCCCCAGAGGCCAUGAGAAGAGCGACUCGACGACCAGCCAGGGCUCGCUGGAGGACCAGGUAAUAAACCUAAUUAUUCAGCCCAGCGCCAUCAACUCCGUCGACUGCCGAGUAGUCUCCUCGCGCAUGCGCCCCUCCCGAGCCAGUAUGCUCCCCGGUAGCAAGCCAAGAGUGUCGGAAAACGACUCUGUAUUCACACUCGGCGUAUUUGCGCGGGGAACUGGCGGCGAGAUUCUGCGUGUUGAGAAGGAUGUCGGCGCACUCCCGGCACUAGACGCAGUCCUCCGCAGAUUCAUUACUUUCAACGCCAAGCUUCCGGACCGCGCGCUAUUUACAGGCCACGCUCCGGCAAGGAUCGACUCUAGGAGGGCAGCUGUGGAUGAGUAUUUUGCGGGAGUCCUGGGAGCGACGAUGGAUGAGCGUGCGGCGUUGGCGCUGUGCCAGUUUUUCUCGACUGACGUCGUAGAUCACAUACCUAGUGCCGACGUCGCAGGGUCCUUUAAGGAUGGCAGCAGCAUUGCCAGUGGUGUGCAAGGGAAGCCGCAUAAAGAAGGAUAUCUCACCAAGCGCGGCAAGAAUUUUGGCGGUUGGAAGGCACGCUACUUUGUGCUCAACGGACCGGUGCUGAAAUACUACGAGGCCCCCGGCGGCGCGCACUUAGGCCAGAUCAAGCUUCAGAGCGCGCAGAUUGGGCGGCAGUCACAGAGCCAGAAGGUAAAGGAGCCUUUGGAGGGCGAGACCGACACGGAGAGCCAGUACCGUCAUGCAUUCCUCAUUCUGGAGCCGAAGCGGAAGGAUUCAUCAACGCUUGUGCGACACGUGCUGUGUGCGGAGAGUGAUGCCGAGAGGGAUGAAUGGGUCGAGGCCCUAAUGCAGUAUGUAGAUAAGUCAGAUGCGGCAGAGGAUGCGUCGGGCAAGGAAGGCAGGGAAAAGAAGAAGCGCUAUGGACCAAAGCACAAGGACAGCAAGGACUCGCAGACCAUUGAACAGGAUAAGCUACAUGCGCUGGGAUACGAGCAGACCACGCCUGGCCCCGAGCCUGCGCGAGGCCCUACACCGGAAGAGCUCCAGAGGAUGCGGAACACCCCGUCGCCCCAGAACUCAAUCUCCUCGUCAAUCAUCGCCACGCAGUCCUCCUCGACCAUUACAGCACCGACACUCCAGCCUGCCCCGGAGCGCACGGCACAGGUAAAGCAGAUCUCGGCGCCAACUAACGGAUCUGUAAUUUCGGAUCUCGCAGCGUGGGGUGCGAAACUGACACACAGCGAGCAGAAGGCGGCGAAGAAGCGCAGCAUCUGGGGAUUCAGACAAAGGUCGUCGUCGGAUCUGGAUAACCAUCAUUUGGGAGGUACGCCAUAUCAUCAGAUUGGAGAAAGGCUCAACAGGAGUGUCUUUGGUGCGACGUUGGAGGAGGCUGUUCAUCUUAGUAAGCCAUUUGGCGUUACGGUGUCACUGCCGGCUGUCGUGUAUCGAUGCAUUGAGUACUUGGAGGCCAAGGAUGCGGCGAGUGAGGAGGGUAUCUUUAGGUUGAGCGGUUCGAAUGUGGUUAUCAAGGGCUUGAGAGAGAGGUUCAAUACUGAAUCCGAUUUCAAUCUCCUGAAUAAUGACGAGUACUACGAUGUGCAUGCGGUUGCGGGACUUCUGAAACUAUAUUUGAGGGAGCUGCCGACAAAUGUUCUCACCACGGAGCGAAGGGAGGAAUUCGUCAAGGUUACGGAGAUGGAUGAUAAGGCAACCAAGAUUAAGGCUUUGAAUGAGCUUGUCCAUAGCCUGCCAAUUGAGAACUUUGAGCUCUUGAGAGCUCUAUCAGGACACCUUCUGAGGAUCGUAGAGAACUCUGACGUCAACAAGAUGACAAUCAGGAAUGUUGGUAUCGUGUUUUCUCCGACACUCAACAUCCCUGCCCAGGUUUUCUCCAUGUUCCUCCACGAGUACCGCCACAUCUUUGUACGCCCCGAGGAGCAAUACCCCUCGGAGCAUGAGCCCCCACAAUCACCCUCCCGCGAGGCCCACGACAAUCGACCCACGAUCACUGGCCCGAUGCAGCAAUCCGCGCAACCACCCCAGCAACAACUCCAGCAGCAAACUCAACAGCAACCCCAGCAACAACCCUCCACUCAGCAGCAACAGCAGCAACAGCUGAUCCACCACCCUGGCCCCGUCCCUGGUACACCAGGGCUUCCACUCAAGACGCCGCUCCCAAACCUAGUGCAGGAGCCGCAAACACCGAGGACAGUUGCGGCGAGCUACGAGCCCGACUAUUCGCAAAUGUUUACGCCAUCACAGUCGGAGUUCCCUAGGAGCCCGCUACCAGUCGAAGUCACACAGGGAGAGUCGGCGAGUGGACUGUCGCUGCCAGAGAAAGGGGGUAGGCAGAGGAGGAGAGAGAGCUCCAUGAUGUUCAUGAUGGGGGGCAUGAGGAAUAAGAAUUCAUUUGUGGUACCGAAAGCGAUGGUAAUGGAGGAUAGUGUGUAUGAAUGA